GAAGAAUGUCGACCUCUUGAUAUAAUUCUUAUUCUUCCUCGCAAGUCUCAAUAUCUCCCAUCGAAGUAGAGAAUUAAUUUAAGCGCCUUCAUUAAUCUAUGAUCGAUCGAUCGAUGCAUAUUCCACCGUUGUUCAUCUUCUUGCACCUAGUAUGGCUGCUUGUGCCGGCAUCAUCCUCUUCCCCCGACUCCGUCGAACCAUCGGCGCUCGGGAUGGACGCCCCCAGCUGCAAUUUCGACUUCCCAUUCGGCGCCCCAGGCUUCUCCCAAUACCGAAAGGGCUUCGAGGUGUCUUGCAACCCCAGCCUUUCGGGGAGCCCCUCGUGGCUCCAAGUCGGCUCGAAGAAGCUGCAGAUAAUGAACAUCUCGAUAGCCGAAGGCUACGUGCGCACCGGAAUCACCCCAUCCACGUGGCAGUGCUCUCGCUCGGGCGAGACGGGAGAGGGCAUCAGCCUGGAGGGCACCCCGUUCACCUUCUCCCACACGCGGAACAAGCUGACCGUCGUCAGUUGCGACACCUUCGUCAGCUUUGCGGACCAUCGAAAUUCUAGCGUCUCCGUCGGCUGUGUCUCCUUCUGCCCCUCGCAGCUGAGCAUUACGGAUGGCGCCUGCUCUGGUGUCGGCUGCUGUCAGGCCGCGAUCCCCGUGGGGCUCAAGAGUUUCGACGCACAAUUCUACAGCAUCCCGGACGAGAUAAAACGGCGGUGGAAACUGAAAGUUAACAACACUCUGCAGCCGAUGACGCCCUCCUCGUCCGGUCACCAAAGAAAGGAAGCUCCAAGUAUAGUUUUCGAAAACACGACGCCGCUGUGCAGCAAGGUGUUCAUCGCGGAGUAUGAAAAAUUCACGUUCUCAAAGAGCGAUAUGCUGUUCGGCGCUGCCUGGGACGACACGUCCCUGUCGAUGGUGCUGGAUUGGGCGAUCGGGAACGAGUCGUGUGCGGAGGCGACGCGGAGGAACGCGUCUGACGACUAUGCUUGCAUCGACGAGAACAGCAUCUGCUACGACCCGCCGGGUAGGGCGGGCUAUCUCUGCAACUGCAGUGACGGCUAUCAGGGCAACCCUUACGUCGCCGGUGGAUGCCAGUGUGAGUUUAGUAACAGUAAAAUGUUAUAUGCCUUAUUAAGGUAUAUAUAUAGGAAUAUACGANUUUUUAAAUUUGAAAUUUAA